UUUCGACGGGCGAGUCUGCGACGUAUGUCUCUUGCUUCCUUGUUGAUUAUUUUGCCUGAUGCGUCAUCGUCACACACGACGAACGUCGGCAGGGUAUUCGUCGACGUUUAGUUGGAAUGUUCGUUCGGCCAUGUCGGCCUUCGUCGUGACGAUGACUCGUGGCGAUUACGUCGUUUCAGCUACCUAUUAGCAAUAGAUUUAGCUCUAACGCUCCCGUUGAUCCUCAUUCAACGGUAACCACGUGUUAUCAGACGCACAGCCACUUGACCGAGUGAUUCACGGGGAGCAUGUCGGAAGCAAGAUGGUCCGGAGUGGCGGCGGCUGCCGACGCGGCCGUCGAGUUGGUGAUGUCGCGGCGCGGCAAGCCCAAGGCUAAGUACGCUGGCCGCACGUUUACGCUGGACACGCGCAGUGACCAGCGCUACCGUUGGCGUUGUGACGUGCGACAGUGCAGGUCGCGGCUGACAACCGAUUUGUACGAUAACCGUCACAUGGUGUACCGAUUUCGGGAUCAUGAUGAAGAACUGCACCGGCGUGUGGCCAGCGAGAGAAAGAGACGUGACGCCACGUACAGGCAGCAGGGUCGGCCUGCGAAGAAGAUCGGCGACUACCGGUACGUGUUGGAGAACCGCAUCGGAGGCCUGCUGUUCUGGCGCUGCGAAUACGUGAGCUGUCCCGGACGAUGCCGCACGCACGACGGCCACCUGGUUGCCGGGCCGUCGCAGCACUCGCAUCAACCGAAUGCCGCAGUGGACGAUCCAGCCAAGGUGCAUGGUGCCGAAGAGCCUUCCUCUUACUCGGAGCUACAGCUGGACGCCUGCCAAAAGGUUCCACCUGGUGCUAGCGAGGCAAUCACUACAGACACAGAUUCCAAACAUGGAGACGUGCCCGAGCAGCAACGCGAGCAUGAAAGCUGCAGUCCGAUUCCGAGUGGGAGGGUCGACAGUCCCGUGGUCAUCAAGUCAGAACCGUGCUCGCCAAAGACUCCCGAAGCAGUGGCCACAUCUUACGUAAGCGCCUACGCCGAAACGACGCUGCAGACGCGCGGACCUGACGUAAUCGCCGAUGUCCCGACUGCUGAAGACGACGGCCUGCUGUUUCAAGCAAGCACUCCUUACGGCUGCCCCGAUCAGCGGAGCUCAUUGCAGGCGGAGUACGAUCAGACAGUCGCUACUGUUGCUGCCACAGCCCCCGAAGACUCCCAUUACGUUGACUCUUCGGACUACGAUGGCAACGACGAGGAAGUGGAAUGGCCCCCGAGACCGGGAGGCGCGCCGCCGAUCUCAGAGGAAAUGGAAGAGCGCUCGCACUUGGGUUAUGGGGCUGGCUACGGACUCUCAGCGGGAGUUGGUGGACACCGUUCGGGUUUGGCGGAGGUGCUCCAGAUGACCGCUGACAGUGUGGACAGUCGGGAGAGGGACCUGAGGGUGGACAUUCUUUUGCAGAUGCGUAGCCUUCUCGAGGCCGAAACGGAGCUGGUGAACCAGAAGCGGCGCAACGAAAUUCUGCGCGGGAAGUUGUUGCGCCGCGAACUGUUGGGCGUCGUUCCGGAGAGCGAACCAGCGCCUCCCUACAUUUGAGGCGGGCCGUGGUGUGCGUGUUCUUUAAUGUGUUCGAGACUGUGCGCUGCACACCUAAGAACUCGGGUGGAUGCACCAGAUGAUAUCGUGCGGUUGGGAACGGCCGCAGAUGCUCAGUCUCAGUGGCUACUGGGCCCGGUAUGUGCGCUUAUCUGCAUGCGCACAUAUUCUGUCGUCAUUGAUUGUUUUAGUGCCGGAGCCUCGAGGCGGCUUGCUUACGCAAGCCCUUGCGUUACUCUGUAUUCUCCUUGGGUGCGGCAGGGAGUACAAGGAAACGCAAGAGCGUGCGUACGUAGCCGCUUUCACCCGGCAGUAAAGCUCUCUGUUAGGCAGUUUUAGAAUAGCGUACGCAAAGCUUUGCGCUAGCGUUUGUCGUGACUGCGCAUGCGUCAUACGCUAUCCUAUUCGGUAUGCACGUCAAGUUACGAAAACAGCGUAUCGUGCUCAACGAACGCUAACCCUGCGUACGCUUUUCUAAAUAUGUCUAUUGAUCCUUAUAUGUGAGAAAGAAAUAUACAGUCAUCGAAUGCGAGGCGAUGUGCCUCAGAAUAUUUAUAGGUACCAUGUGUGUGCGUACGUAUGCAUAAUUACGCACUCUAAAGUGAAUAUAAUAAAUGAGAAACAUUAUGGUAUUUCAUUAAACACCCCUCCUUCACCAUCAGCUAAGUACGUCAGUCGGGUUUAUAUCGAAACUUUAUAACCACGAUCUCUUUCGACGACAGCCCUUUCGUUUUACUCAUCUGAACAUCUAUACUGUUGCAAAAUAUUCGAGUUUAGACUUCAGCAUCUGAACACU